AUGACGGUCACUGAGGGGCUGUCAUGGGCCACUCCUCUGGACUGUGGUGCCUUUACAGAAUGCGGAGUUGCCCCCCUAAACAAUCGUGUGGUGGGUGGCCAAGAUGCCCCUCAAGGUGCCUGGCCGUGGCAGGUCAGUCUACACUACCAAGGAGGUCACAUCUGUGGGGGGACUCUGAUUAACAGUGAAUGGGUACUCACUGCAGCACACUGUAUCCUCUCUACAGAUACCACCAGAUGGACUCUGUAUCUGGGCAGGCAGAAUCAGAGCACGAGCAGUGCUAAUUCCAAUGAAGUCGUGCGAAGUGUGCAGACAAUAAUCGUUCACCCCAAUUACAACAACACUCUAUACAACAAUGACAUUGCCCUGAUGAAGCUAAGUCAGGCCGUCAACUUCACUAACUACAUUCGCCCUGUGUGCCUGGCCUCCAACACCAGUGCCUUCUACAACUCCACCAGCUGCUGGGCCACUGGGUGGGGCCGUAUAGGCAAAGAUGUCCCCCUACCUUCUCCUCAGACUCUUCAGGAAGUGGAGAUACCUGUCGUGGGGAAUACACAGUGUACUUGCCAGUAUAGGCCAGCAGAGGAUGCUGUUAUCACUGCACAGAUGAUCUGUGCAGGGACAGCAGGCAAAGGAAUCUGUCAGGGUGACUCUGGAGGUCCACUACAGUGUAAGCAGAACUCUGUGUGGGUGCAGGCCGGCAUCUCUAGUUUUGGGGUGCCUUGUGCAACAGCAAAUUUCCCAGAGGUCUAUGCCAGGGUGUCAGAGUUUCAGACAUGGAUCACUGAUAAUGUCAAUGGGGCAAAUAUCGGUUUUGUGACCUUCACCUCCUCUGGCACUGACUCUGAUGCCAACUUCAUAUGCAACACCAAUUCUGCUGCAAUCAUCCCCAUGCCAUUCUUCUCUCAAAAGCCAAUAACCUUUUCUGCAUUCAUUUACUCUGUACUCCUCUCGUUUAUUUUUCUAGCAUAA